CUUCCCUCCUUCCUAGUGGUGUGCCUGGUCCACAUCCAGGUGUCUCUGAUGCCAGAUAGUGAGACACUGGAGACUGGGGACUGACUCACUGGGGCAUCUCAGGCCUGUCACUAUGACUCCCAGAGGGAGUGGGCAGGGAUGAAGAUGUGGGAUGUGUGAGGCCCCUUCAGACAGGACCAGCUGAGCCCACACCUCACUGAGAGGGGGCUGGGGCCCGAAAGACAGGAGCCAGAUGCUGGUGGAGGAGCUGACAGAGAAAACCACGGCUCGAAGUGGACUUGGAGUCUCUUCCAGUGCUCCUGCCUCAGGCCAGCGGUGACAGAGAAGGUGUCCAGGCCCUCGCUGCAGCCAGGACCUGGUUAGGGCUCCCACAGUGCAUGCAUGCCAGAAGCCUUCGCGGAGGGGGUGCAGCACAUGUGGGACGCGUCCCAGGCUGAUCCUCUCUGUCCUCUCCACGCCGCUGCUCCACGAGCCUGCCCAGCCAUGGGGGAGAACGAGGACGAGAAGCAGGCCCAGGCGGGGCAGGUUUUUGAGAACUUUGUCCAGGCUUCCACGUGCAAAGGCACCCUCCAGGCCUUCAACAUCCUCACCCGCCACCUGGACCUAGACCCUCUGGACCACAGGAACUUUUACUCAAAGCUCAAGUCCAAGGUGACCACCUGGAAGGCCAAGGCUCUGUGGUACAAGCUGGACAAGCGUGGCUCCCACAAAGAGUACAAGCGAGGGAAGGCGUGCAUGAACACCAAGUGUCUCAUUGUUGGCGGAGGACCUUGUGGCUUGCGCACUGCCAUCGAACUUGCCUACCUGGGAGCCAAAGUGGUCGUGGUAGAGAAGAGGGACACCUUCUCCCGGAACAACGUGUUGCACCUCUGGCCUUACACCAUCCAUGACCUGCGGGGCCUGGGAGCCAAGAAGUUCUACGGGAAGUUCUGCGCUGGCUCCAUCGACCACAUCAGUAUCCGUCAACUGCAGCUCAUCCUGUUCAAGGUGGCCCUGAUGUUGGGAGUUGAGAUCCACGUGAAUGUGGAGUUUGUGAAGGUUCUCGAGCCCCCUGAAGAUCAAGAAAAUCAAAAAAUUGGCUGGAGAGCAGAAUUCCUCCCCACAGACCACGCCCUGUCGGAGUUUGAGUUUGAUGUCAUCAUCGGUGCGGAUGGCCGCAGGAACACCCUGGAAGGGUUCAGGAGGAAGGAAUUCCGCGGGAAGCUGGCCAUCGCCAUCACCGCCAACUUCAUCAACAGGAACAGCACGGCUGAGGCCAAGGUGGAAGAGAUUAGCGGGGUGGCCUUCAUCUUCAAUCAGAAAUUUUUCCAGGACCUGAAAGAAGAAACAGGGAUCGAUCUAGAGAACAUUGUUUACUACAAGGACUGCACCCACUAUUUUGUCAUGACUGCCAAGAAGCAGAGCCUGCUCGACAAAGGUGUCAUCAUUAAUGACUACAUCGACACGGAGAUGCUGCUGUGUGCGGAGAACGUGAACCAGGACAACCUGUUGUCCUAUGCCCGGGAAGCUGCAGACUUUGCCACCAACUACCAGCUGCCAUCCUUAGACUUUGCCAUGAACCACUACGGGCAGCCUGAUGUGGCCAUGUUUGACUUCACCUCCAUGUAUGCCUCCGAGAAUGCUGCCCUGGUGCGCGAACGGCAGGGACACCCGCUACUCGUGGCCCUUGUGGGUGACAGCUUGCUUGAGCCAUUUUGGCCCAUGGGUACAGGCUGUGCCCGAGGCUUCCUGGCGGCUUUUGACACAGCAUGGAUGGUGAAGAGCUGGGACCAGGGGACGCCUCCCCUGGAAGUGCUGGCCGAAAGAGAAAGUCUUUACCGGCUGUUGCCUCAGACAACUCCAGAGAACAUCAACAAGAACUUUGAGCAGUACACGUUGGACCCAGGGACGCGGUACCCAAACCUCAACUCAAACUGCGUCCGGCCCCAUCAGGUAAAGCAUCUGUACAUCACCAAGGAGCUGGACCACUACCCUCUUGAGAGACUCAGCUCAGUGAGGAGAUCUGUCAACCUCUCCAGGAGGGAGUCAGAUAUCCGGCCCAACAAGCUCUUAACCUGGUGCCAGCAACAGACCGAGGGCUACCAGCAUGUCAGCGUCACCGACCUGACCACAUCCUGGCGCAGCGGCCUGGCCCUCUGUGCCAUCAUCCACCGCUUCCGGCCAGAGCUGAUCAACUUUGACUCCUUGAAUGAAGAUGAUGCUGUGAAGAACAACCAGCUGGCGUUUGAUGUGGCCGAACGUGAGUUUGGGAUUCCUCCAGUGACCACCGGCAAAGAGAUGGCAUCAGCCCAGGAGCCCGACAAGCUCAGCAUGGUCAUGUACCUGUCCAAGUUCUACGAGCUCUUCCGGGGCACCCCGCUGCGGCCCGUGGAUUCUUGGCGCAAAAGCUACGGAGAAAACGCUGACUUCAGCUUUGCCAAAUCCUCCAUUUCUAAUAACUAUCUCAACCUCACGCUUCCCAGGAAAAGGACCCCUCGGGGAGAUGCCCAAACCGAAGAGAAUGACAUGAACAAGCGGAGGCGGAAAGGCAUCAUCAACCUGGACGAGGAUUGUGUGCGCAGGCCGUCAUCCUUCUCCAGCCGUAGCUUGGGCUCCACUCAAGAGUGCGGCAACAGUAAGGAAGCAGGAAAUCAGAACAAAGUCAAGUCCAUGGCGAACCAGCUGCUGGCCAAGUUUGAGGAGAGCACACGGAACCCCUCAGUCCUGAGGCAGGAGCGCCGUGUGUCGGGGAUAGGUAAGCCCGUCCCGUGCUCUCCCUCUGAUCCUCCUGUAGACUCUCACUGCUCCACGCCAGAGGAGCCCACUCCCAGCCCGCCACCUCCUCAGAAAAGGCAGGUGCUCAGAGAGCUCAAGCAAGUGUCCACUGGUGGCGACUGUCCAAGCCGGCCCUGGAGAGCCAGGGCCAAGUCUGACCUGCAGCUGGGCAGCCCGGAAAACCUUGCCACCCUGCCUCCUGCCUGCCAGGGAGCACUGGCCCUCUCAGGGGUGCUGCAGCGGCUGCAGCAAGUGGAGGAAAAGAUUCUCCAGAAAAGGGCUCAGAACUUGGCCAACAGGGAAUUUCACCAAAAGAACAUUAAAGAGAAGGCAGCUCACCUCGCCUCCAUGUUUGGACAUGGGGAGUUCGCGCAGAAUAAACUACUCUCUAAAGGCCUGUCUCAUACUCAUCCUCCAUCUUCUCCCUCUUGCCUUCCGUCUCCUGAUCCAGCUGCUACUUCCUCUCCAUCAACCGCUGACUCUGCUUCUCCUGCCAGAAAGCUGACAGUAGGGAAAGUGUCCAGCGGAAUAGGGGCUGCAGCUGAAGUCCUGGUCAAUCUGUACUUGAAUGAUCACAGACCUAAGGCCCAGGCCACCUCUCCAGACCUGGAAUCUAUUACACGGAAGACGUUUCCCCUGAACGUGGGUGGCAGUGACACCUGCUACUUCUGCAAGAAGCGCGUGUAUGUGAUGGAGCGGCUGAGCGCCGAGGGCCACUUCUUCCACCGAGAGUGCUUCCGCUGCAGCAUCUGUGCCACCACCUUGCGCCUGGCCACCUAUGCCUUUGACUGUGAAGAAGGCAAGUUUUACUGCAAGCCUCAUUUUAUUCACUGUAAAACCAACAGCAAACAGCGGAAGAGAUGGACAGAGUUGAAGCAAGAGAGAGAGGAGGAGGGGACGUGGCAGGAGCAGGAAGCCCCUCGACGGGAUGCUGCCUCCGACAGUUCUUGUGCAGUGGCCGCCAUCAGCACGCCAGAAGGCAGCCCCCCAGCAGAUGAGCCCACCUCCCCCAAGAAGCCGAAGAGUGUUGCUGAGCCACAGCCCAGUGACAUGGACAGUGAAGCCACCUCGCCCCUGCCCUCCGAAUGGACCUCGGUGAGGUUCAACCCUGGGGAGGACACCACUGGGCAGGAUGUGCUGGCUGUGUGUGUCCUGGUCGACUGCGAGGACAGCAGCUCCGACACAGAGUCUGACCAUGGUGACAGUGAGGUCCCCAGCACCAAGCCCUAUGAAGGGAGACCUUGGCAACCAGAAUCCUUGCCUCUACCAAAGCCCCUCUUCCGGCACAGCUCCCUGAGGGAGCCCCUGACCAGGGCAGCCUCUCCACGUGACCCUGAGGAGCCACACACUGGGCAAGCUCUGCAUCGGGCCAACAGCUUCCAGGCUCCAAGCAAUCACCAGAACUGGAGAAAAUUCCCCUCAAAUCUAACACCAGCAAACAAAAGAAGUCUGUCACCUUCCAAGGAAUCUUCUCCUCUUCCUCUGUCUUCAUGGCCUUUGCUCUCAUCUUCCCCGCCAUCUUCUUCAUCUUCCGCCAGUGUCCCUGGGCAUCCUCUGGACCGUUCUUCUCUACCUCAGGUAACAGCUUACGACCCCCACUCUCCAGUCUCCAGAGAUCACUGCAGUCCGACCCCAAUCUUUCUCAGGAGAGCUAAAAGCCAAGGGGCACCCAAGGAAAUGCCCCUGUAUCUACCUCACGGCGAGGUGCUGGAGCGGGCAGAGUAUUGCCUGGUGAGCCCUGGUGGACAGAGCCUCAAAAGCCCUGUGGAGGUGGCUUCUGGGGGGUGCCAGGAAGCAGGAGCACCUCCUGGGGGUACCAGAAGCACCCACGGAGACCCACACCUCACGGUGGGGAAGGAUAGGUCCUUGCCAGACCAAGAGCAGUCUCUCACGGCAGAAGAGGACCCAGGGGAAGGCAGUAUUAGAGCCGCGAGGGGACAAGAGGGUGAGUCAGAGCUGGCAGAGAGGACGCCAAGGCUGAAGAAGUUAGCUCUUACCGAGGAGCAGAAGACCAUGUUGCUGGAUUGGAGUGACUCCUGCCCUGAGAGUGCACCCCUCCAGCCAGGAGAGAGACUUUCCCAGGAGAGGACUAGGAAUGGCAGAGCAGGCCCGGCGCUGAGACCACUCCAACCCCUGAGCCUCCCUCAGGGAAGCAAGGAGCCACCAGCAGCCAAGAUAGAGGCCCCAGAGGGGAACCAGACCCCGACUGUGCAUGCUUCUGAGGAGCAAAGUGUGCCGCCGCCCAGGUCACCCCUGCGGCUCAUUACAAAUGCCAUCCGGAGGUCCUUGGAGCAGUUCCUCCACAGCUCCGAUGGUGGGAAGAAGGUCUGGGCCAAACCAGAAUCGAAAACUUUGCCCACAGGCCAGCCCCACACCUUUACCAGCUCGUUCAGCCUCCAGAGACAUGGUUCUAAUAAAGACAGCAACCAGCAGUCGCCUAGGAAACAUUCAGCCAGCAGGGCCUCCACCUUCUUCUCGCUGGGCUCCCCAGCUUCCAGGGCUGCCCAGUCAUCAGAACUUUGCCCUCCUGACUCUGCCCAUGGAUUGCCUAAUCAGCAACCUACACUGUUUUCUGCGCUCACAUCCCCACCCUGCAGCAAGGCUAGAGAUGUCCCCACACUCCUGCAGAAAGUGGGUGUGCAAGAGACCUUACUAGAUGUUGCCAGGGGUCCAAAGAAAAAAGCCUCAUUAUUUUCCUCCCUCAGACCCAAAGAUAAAUCUUUUGAAAGUUUCCUCCAAGAAUCCAAACAAAGGAAGGACAUCAGGGACCUCUUUAGCAGCUCCAAGGGGAAGAUGUCUGGAAACGGUGUCCCAGUCCCAGAGAAGCUGAUGCAGCCUUUCCGAAGCGCCUCCUUGGCUUGGAUGACCCGUCCUCCUCCUCCAGCAGGACUCGCAGGAUCCAAGCAUGACCGUGUCGGAGUGCAGGUGACAGAGGCCACCUCUUCUCUCUCUUCUACCACCUCCUCCUCUGCUGAUGAAGAAUUUGAUCCCCAGCUUUCCCUGGGGUCACAGGAGAAGAAGACACUCAAGAAAAGAAGGAAGCUGGAAAAAGCAACAAAGCAGUUGGUUAAGCAAGAAGAAUUGAAAAGACUUCAUAAAGCUCAGGCCAUCUGGAGGCAGCUGGAAGAAGUGGAAGAGCGACAGAGGGCAUCAGAGAUCCAGGGUGUGAGGCUGGAGAAGGCCUUGCGAGGAGAAGCAGCAGAUUCAGGGACACAGGAUGAAGCACAGCUUUUGCAGGAAUGGUUUAAGCUGGUCCUGGAGAAGAAUAAAUUAAUGCGAUAUGAGUCGGAGCUACUGAUCAUGGCUCAGCAACUAGAAUUAGAAGAUCAUCAAAGUAGACUGGAGCAGAAAUUAAGAGAGAAAAUGCUCAAAGAGGAGAGUCAGAAAGAUGAGAACGAUCUUAAUGAGGAGCAAGAAAUAUUCAUCGAGAUGAUGCAAGUGGUUAAGCAAAGGGACAAGCUCGUGGAUUCCUUGGAGGAGCAGCGCAUCAAGGAAAAGGCCGAAGACCAGCACUUUGAAAGCUUUGUCUUCUCCAGGGGCUGUCAGCUGAGCAGGACAUGAGAUGCCUCUGUCCCUCCCUGAGGCGGGGCCUGCAUGCCACACUGCCUCAUUCUGGAACGGAAGUGAUACCCUCUUGGGUGGUGGAGAUUUUUAUUUUUAAUUAAAAUUCUCAUAUGUACUACAGCUUCCCAAGAUUUUUCCAGAGACUAUAACGAAAAAAAAAAAAACCACAAAGACUGUUUUGAAAUCGGCAGCCGACGUCAGCCAGGCCCUGGGAUCGGAGGUGCUCUUGGCGAAGGACCAGCAUUGUUUUCCCUAAAAAGUGACACAAAGACUGACUUCCCCACCGCUUUCCUCAUCUUCCUUCCCGAUCCAUUGAGUUACAUGUUUUAAGACUUUUAAGAAGCUGCCUUUUCAUUAAUACAUCCAUAUUUGCCUUUUUUUUUUUUUUUUUGCAUGGAUGACCGGUUUCCAAAUGUCAGAAAGCAGCAGCAGCAGUUUAAAGAUUAGGUUAAUAUUUAAAUUGUGUUUCCAGAGAAAGAGGAGAAACCUCAAGAUUACUUAUUACAUAAAGCAAAUAACUCAUAUAGCAGGUGUUAAUUCAAUCCAGGGUGAAUUUAAUUUACCAGGUGUAUUUAUAAGCCUUAAUAUAAUAUACAUAAGCAAUGAGAGUUUAUAGAACAUUUGAGCCUUAAUUUUAUUUUUUUAAAAAAAGGAAAAAGAAAUAAAGCUUUAACUUCAUGCCAGCAGGAUUGCUAGUUCUCACCAAAUCCUGUUGGCUUAGGAGAGCUUUUUGUUCCCACCGUGCUCUGCUCAUGGCCCCUGGAGCAUAAUGAUAAGCUCUUUUAGAAAAUGAAUAAUGUUGAAGGGCUUUUUAAAAUAAGUGUUGGUGAUGGCGAAAAGAAAAACUCUUUCACUUGUUGAGAAAACAUUGCCGAGGUUGGUGCUGCGGUGGGAAAAACGAACACACUGGUGUGCCCAGGAGAGGGAGGUUUCUUGGUACUCCUGGUCUUCGGCUGAGCAAAGCAGGGUUUUGUCCUCUCCCAGGACAGCCCAGGUGCUCGGAUGGACAAGGACAAAACCACCUCUGACUUCCAGGAAGAGCCGAGGGGAGCUACUCCAUUUAUGCAAUCCCAACUUGGGCCGCAGAUUUCUUUUUCUGACAUUUUCAAUAUGCACAGACAGCUGGUGGGUGGAGUUUGUGAGCUGACACACUGGGCUUCCCGGGGUGUUUUGACAGUGCAGAUGGGGACCAAAGAAGAGAAAAUUUCAAGUGGUGAUGUGUUGUCAUAAAAUAUUUGAUUGUUCUCCCCCGGAGGGAUCCUUUGAAGAUUUAGUCUGUUAUGGACAAGAGAGAGACCAAAGAACUCUUUGUUGCACAUUUGGCCACUCCUUUCUGCAAGUGUUUAAAUGUGUCAUUCAACACUAGUGCUUGGCAACAGUUGACUCUGACUGGAGACCAAAUUUCUCUCCAGAUAAGUUGACCCAGGAAGCACUUCUGAGAUGCUGUCUGCCCACAACAUCUGGCCAGCUGACAAGCCAGAAAGAUGUAUACGGACUUCCCCUGAGUUAGUCAACUUUUUGGAUGGCAUGCAAACCCUAAGCUCCAGAGCCAGUAGUUUUUUCUUUCCCUUAUCUUUUCCUCUUCUUUCUUUUCUAAGAAUCAGGUCUUCUAGUGCCUUGAAGUCUAUUACUAGGGAAUUCUAUCGUUGGGAAAUAUGUGGCAUCGUCUUUCUAUCUACCUACCUAGGAAAGUUAUAGCACUUCUGUUUAUCAAUUUUUAUUUAUUUGUGUGUUUAGUGGCAAUUGAUAAUGAUUUCCUGGUAAUUCUGCCUUCUGUGUUAUAAGUUGGAGAGGAUCUGUUAGUACUAAAAUAUUGGAACAUAAGCUACUUAAUACAGAUGUUUGGAGCAGUCAGUUGUAUAGUAUUAAAGAUGGGUGGCAAUGGUCAGAAUAAUAUUUUCAGCCAUUCAGACUUUAAAAAUAAGAGUAUAAUUCACAGUAAUGUUAACUCAUUUUAAGAAAGAGAUCUAUAACUUCAAUUUUCCUUCUAGAACAUUUGGAAGUACUCAAAUCCAGCCCUUUCAGCCAGUUAGGUGAAAGUACACUAUCUGAUGCUUGCAUACAUUUAACAGAGGCUGCUCCAGUGGGUGAUGUCUGGAUUGUUAUUGUCCAAAAGAAUCAAUCACCACUUAUUUUGUCAUAUUUUCAGCCACAAAAGAUUCUCUCAAGAGGACCAACAAGUCAGGGUUCUUGGCCCUAUCGUCUAUUAAUACAAUUUGUUUACUUUCUCCCACAGAGUAUGUUUUGGGGCUUAAGGUUUAACCUUAUCUAGCCAAGUAGAAAACAUAAGCCUCCUACUUAACAGUUCUGUACUUAUGCUAGCUUUCUGUUUUACCAGUACAUACAAACCAUUUAAGUGACAUUCCCCAAAGUACACAAAUAUGGCUGUUGAGCUAAUUAAAAUGAUUCCAUUCCUUACAACAGAGAAUGUUUAAGACCCUCAAAAUGUAAGAUGCCAUACAUUUUGAAGACACUUUCUUUGCAUGCAGCCUUAGCAGGAUUAUGAUGAAAAUGGACAGAGCCUUCACUGCCCCAUAAAAGAGCACAGUGAAGAUGGUGAAGGUCAAACAAUUUAGGAGUCUGCAUAGAACAUGAAGUCCCAGCCUUCAGUUAUAUUUCAUAGUCAGUCUCCCCAUACCUUCCACACUAAUCCAAAGGGCUUACGAUAGUUAUAAGCUCCAAAUUUUACAUAAGUUGGACCAAGAGGACAGUUCUCAAGUGUAUUCUCCCAAAGCAAUCAUAUAUCGAUCUACUUAUUUAUCAUUCUGCGCCCUUGGGGUUCCGCUAGCCCCUGUGCUAGAUGCUGAGAAACAAAGAAUUUUAAUCCUCCUCUCCAUCUCCUAAGAAAUACAAAGAUCAAGAAUAACAACCACCCUCCAAUCCAAAGAUAGAAAACUAUUUUUUUUUAUAGGCACCAAUCUAUUCUACUCACGUUUAUGUCAAGCAUAAAGACUUACAUCCCUCACUAUCGCAGUGCUUCUUUGGCAAUGAAAAUAAGUUCGUGUUUCUAAAACUGUGAAAAAUAAUAUCAGAUUGUACUGUUUCAUUUAAACCUUGACUUUGGCAGUGUUAGGCUGCUUGGAAUCAAUCAAUGCGGAGAUGCAGCACGUUAAUUGCAACUGAGAAAGGAAGUAGCAGGUGUUUCCAACUCUGAUGAGCUGCAAUGAAAUUGAUGUUUUCUGCAUUCGGGAGGCAAAUGACAAUUCAGCAGUGUCUCUCUUCCCAGGAAGCAGAUUUACAGGCUUUUUCUUCCAAACUGAAAAUGGCAGCAUGCCCCACCCAGGUGGUUGAUCAGAGAACUACCUCGGCAGGGCAGAGGUGGCAGGGGGCAGCUGGGGCCACCACAUGAGCGGAGAGAGUGGCAGUCACUGGAGGUGGGGAGCUCAAAUUGUCCUCAGAAGGUUCAUGCGCAGGGGAAAGUGUACGAUUUCACUGACUGUUUAUCUUCUAACCUCACUGCUGAGUAGCUUGUAAAAGAUUAAUGUGCUCCCACAAUCGGGAGCUAUUCAUGUAGAUGGAAAUGUAUUAUAUGUGCACCACUCUAAAAACUGAAGUGAACCAAAAGUAAACGGUUUUGUGUCUCAG